AUGGUGAGGUUCCGUAGCGUUGUAUUGUCGUCUUCAUCGCAACCAAAUGUUGUAAAGGGUUCGUAUCAAUGGAAUGAUUACUUGGAGAAAAUACUGACGAAAGUGAAUGAAUCUGGUGAAGGUGACAAUCGUAUCAGUGAAUAUGUGGUACCAGCUGAGUGCUUUUUUGAGGCACCGUUUGUUGAAUUCGCCCGUUACAUCGUUAAGAAUCUCAAGGUAGAAGUUGCCCUAGAGGAGGAUACUGCAUCGCUUCUGGCGGACGAAUCGAUCUCAUUGUUUUGGGUUGCAAGUGUUCAAAAGGUUUGCUCUCAGUUAUUGAUGAACUUAUGGCAAGGGUACAAGAUGAAGUAUUUAGGCAAUGGGUAA